CCCCGGUCUCCCGGACAGCCUUUUUAGUUGCGCUGGACUCAGAGGGACGGGAGUGUGGUGGCGCUGAGGCGAUGGCCUGGGCUGUGCCCUCGUUGCCCACCGACAAGUCUCGGUUCAUUUGUAUCUACCCAGCCUACAUAAAUAACAAGAAGACAAUAGCAGAAGGAAGAAGAAUACCUAUUGACAAAGCUGUUGAAAAUCCCACAUCUACAGAAAUCCAAGAUGUAUGUGCAGCAGUUGGACUUAAUGUGCUUUUGGAGAAAAACAAAAUGUAUCCUAGAGAAUGGAACCGUGAUGCUCAAUAUAGGGGUAGAGUGCGGAUUCAGCUAAAGGAAGAAGAUGGCAGUCCCUGUUUUCCUCAGUUUCCAACACGCAAGUCAGUGAUGCUUUAUGCAGCAGAAACAAUUCCCAAACUGAAAACAAGGACACAAAAAAUGGGUGGCAGUGACCAAAACCUACAGCAAGGAGAGGGAGGCAAAAAAGGCAAAGGGAAAAAGAAGAAAUGAGUGGCUGACAUAAAAGAAGCACUUGGAUGGAUGCGGGCAAAAUGACUAGGGAGGCUUCUGACCUGGAAGAAGAACAAGCCGGCAAGAACUGCUGAAACUCCUUUGUGGACACUGAUUGAACUGGAAUGGAUAUAACCUGCAUAUUGUAUAAUCCAGAACAUCAACUUUUUCAACCCACUAAGUACUGGAAAUGAGCAUUUUGUGUAUUUUUAUUAAAAACAAAUACAUGAUUUAACAUUGAUUGCUGCUAGUACUCAAAGCUGGAGGAACAGUGCAGUCCAGAUUGGCAAUAAUGAUGUUGGACUGGGAUAAUUAUUGUGUUGGGCUUCUAAACUGAGUUUUGGUUAUCAUUUAAAACAAAGGAAACCCUUGCCUUUUGGAACCAAACAAAACAACUGCCAUUAAGGAUUUAUUGUCUAGAAAGGGUAAUGCAAUGGGUUUCUCAAAUAGAAAAUCCCUAUUUAAAUAACUGGUUUUAAUAAAUUCCAGAGGGGUAGCAAAAACAGGAUCCUGUGAUACUUUAAAAUUCCAGCUCCUUUUUAUGCCAUCAAAGGGUUUAGGCUGGAAUCCACUUCAUCACAUGUGUUGUAUGAAAUGGCUUCUAGUCCCUGGAAGCUUGUGCUGGAGUAACAAGGAGUUAAGUGUUUGAAAUGACAGAAAUACUUGAAUCGGUAAAUUAAUCUUCAGCUGAAACAUCCUCCAGUGUAUGUUACACUUGAUCAGUGGCCACGUCUAGGUGGGACUGAGCAACAGGAUUAAAAUUCUGUGGUCAUAUCGUGGGUUGGGAAGAUUGGCACGUCUCAGUGUUAGUUGUAGAUAACUUGCAUGUUUGGUGUGUGAAUUAGUGAGAUUUGAAUAUUUAAUAGUAUUUGGAUAUUUGCCCCGCAUGUGAAUCAUCAGUGGUAAUCUUUAAACUACUGCUGGGAGCUUAUCUCUACAUUCCUGAUAGUUUUGCAUAUUUGCCAUGUUUUUUGAACACCACGGCUACCACUAUUUCUUAAAAUAACCUAUAAUUGGUUGACAUGCCUUUGAAUGCGCUCUGUCACCUGAUGUUGCCCAGCUAUCCACUGAUCAAGGAUGCUGUGCAAGGAAACUAACAUUCAUUCUGUCCUUUCCCUUUUGUCCCUUGGAGAGUCUGGGACGGAAUACAGCCAUAGCACUUGCUGCAUUCUGGGAACACGGUAUUCAUCCCAGUGACUUGGGAAAGGAAAGGACAGGCACGGAAUAGAUAUGUUGCAAGAAUUUUCUUUCAGCUGCCUUCUCUGCCA